CUUGGAACCGAGGAACUCUGCUGGCAGUACGUUUCUGGACUGGCUUUAGUCAUCAAGAGGCUCACUCAACCAUCCUCGGAGCCUUAUAUAUCUGAAAUUUCAAUGGAAUUAAGAAUGGCUCGUCUGGAGCGUCUGGCCAUUUUGCUUUCACGGAUACGUGCUUUCCUCUCCCCUUCCCAACAG